GGCCUAUAAUAAGCCACAUCGACUUUGGGACAGCAGAAAAGUCCAAAAACAUCUCUCCGUGUUAACUCCUCGGUGGUUUAUUCGCGUCCACAAUGCAGUCUGCAAAAAUAUGCAACUACGAAAGCAUUGCUUUCACUCCUAAGUCACUACAACCGAACGCAGUGGUUGGACCACCUCCUUCGGCUGGAGCUUUUAAAGUCAAACCCUCCAGACCCACAGCAUUCAGAAAGUUUUAUGAGAGAGGAGAUUUCCCAAUUGCUCUAGAACACGACACAAAAGGAAACAAAAUCGCAUGGAAGGUUGAAAUUGAGAAGCUUGAUUACCACCAUUACCUCCCAUUGUUGUUUGACGGACUCCGAGAAACCAAACACCCAUAUGAAUUCUUUGCCAGACAAGGUGUCCAUGACAUGUUGGAACAUGGAGGCUCUAAAAUCAUUCCUGUCAUCCCACAACUGAUCAUUCCAAUUAAAAAUGCACUCAAUACAAAAGACCCCCAGGUAGUUUGUACUACAUUGAAAGUAUUACAACAUUUAGUGGUCUCUGGUGAGCUGGUAGGAGAAGCCCUAGUACCAUACUACAGACAGAUUCUGCCAAUAUUGAACUUAUUCAAAAGCAAAAAUGUGAAUUCUGGAGAUGGCAUUGACUACAGUCAACAGAAACGAGAGAAUGUUGGAGAUUUGAUUCAGGAAACAUUGGAGACAUUUGAGAAACGAGGUGGAGAAGAUGCCUUUAUCAACAUCAAAUACAUGAUUCCCACAUACGAGUCUUGCAUGCUGAACUAACUUCCUCCCCAACAUCCAGAAUUACAACUUUCACAUGUUACCUAAGCAGUAUACAAUGACCUUUAUUAAGUUUUUAAAAAUUGUAAAUACUGAUAUUAUAAAUAUGAAGGUCAUUUGAAACUAAAUGUCAUUGUGAAGCAAUCCACUUAAAGUGUAUCUUUUGUAAUGGUGAAUUGAAAAUAGAUGGCUGGUUCUCCAUCAUAAAAGUUCAUUCAGCUGGAUGUUUUUUUAGGAUACCGUGAGUUGUAAGGUUUUUAAACAUGUUACAGUUUUCUGUCCAUGAUUCAAAAGGUUAGGUUUUUUUUUAGACUUUAUUCUUUCUGCUACCAGCAUUAAUGUCUAUUUUCACAGUGCUGCAGGACAACCUGUUUUUCAAUAACAGUACUUUACCUUUUAAAUUUCAUGUACUGUAAUGUGUAAUAUAAGGGCCAGCUAUUGACAUUCCUUCAUUCCAUGUAGCUGUUAAUGAGAAACAUACCAACCAUUUAACUUUAUAUCUCAUUAAUCUGUCUUGAUGUAAAUUAUUUAUGAUGUAGAUAUAUGUAAUGUUAUGGAUUGCCAAAUAAAUACAAAA